ACUUGUCAAAAGCAGUGAUUAUAUAUCUCAUGGCUCAGGGACGACCACCUCUUGCCCUCUCCUCCAUCUCCCUCUUCAUCUUUCUGUCUAUUGUAUUGCCUCUCCACGACUGCCUCCCUCACUCCCCUGGGUCCUUACUGAAAGAUGCUGCACAAAAAGCUUCAGACAUGGCAGUGGAAGUAGCGGGUUAUGUCGACGUGGCCAAACAGAUAAUUGAUCUGGCUGUGUAUGGCGCGGCCCAGAACCGCUCUUACAGAAGGCUAGCUGAUUUCACCGACACCAUUGGGAACCGCGUCAGUGGCUCACACAACCUGGACAAAGCUAUCAAAUACAUGUACACGGCCAUGAGUCAGGAUGGUCUGGAUGUACAUCUUGAACCUGUCAAAAUCCCCCACUGGGUAAGAGGAAAGGAGACAGCAGAGAUGGUGCUUCCUAGGACCAAGAAUCUGGCAAUACUGGGACUGGGCAGCAGUGUAGGAACACCACCUGAAGGUAUAGAGGCAGAGGUGUUGGUGGUUCAGUCCUUUGACGAGUUGAAGGUCAGAGCCAGUGAGGCUGCUGGGAAGAUUGUUGUCUUUAACCAGCCAUUUGUCAGCUAUGGGGAGACUGUGGCCUACCGGGCGUACGGCGCCUCUGAAGCGGCUAAAGUAGGAGCUGUAGCCACACUCAUUCGAUCCAUCACCCCGUUCUCUAUUAACAGUCCCCAUACAGGUUGGCAGGACUAUCAAGAUGGAGUCAAGCGCAUCCCUACAGCCUGUAUCACAGUGGAAGAUGCUGAGCUGAUGUUUCGCAUCUCUCGGAGAGGACAGAAAAUAGUGGUCAGACUCAUGAUGGGAGCCACGACUCUGCCGGACGCUGACUCCUUCAACACAGUGGCUGAGAUAGUGGGCUGGCAGCACCCUGAACAGGUUGUCCUUCUGAGCGGUCAUUUGGACAGCUGGGAUGUAGGCCAGGGCGCCAUGGAUGAUGGAGGCGGGGCCAUUAUUUCAUGGGAAGCCCUAUCGAUUAUCAAGGACCUUGGUUUGCGUCCCAGAAGGACUCUCAGGACAGUGCUGUGGACAGCUGAGGAGCAGGGGGGUGUUGGAGCACAACAGUACUACAACCUGCACAAGGUCAAUAUGUCAAACUAUAACCUGGUCAUGGAGUCUGACUUGGGGACAUUCACCCCAGUGGCCCUCCAGUUUACUGGCAGCAAUGCCGCACGGAAGGUGAUGGAGCAGGUGCUGAAACUACUGGCUCCCAUCAAUACAACCAAACUGGAGACACAUGGAGAGGGAACAGAUAUCUCGCCUUGGAUGCAGGCUGGAGUACCAGGUGCCAGCCUCCAUGUAGCAGACAACAAAUACUUUUGGUUCCACCACAGCGAAGGAGACACAAUGACAGUUCAAAACCCUCGAGACAUGGACCUCUGCACUGCAGUGUGGGCUGUGGUUGCCUACGUCGUAGCAGACCUGCAGGACAUGCUCCCCAGGUAGCCAGUCGACACGUGGGAUAAGCUACUGGCCAUGCGCUGAAUUUUCAGAUGAGACGAUGACAACAGGCCGGAGCUGCAUUCAAAUCACUUUCAGUUCAUCCCCCCCCCCCGUUUCUCCCCAAUUGUAUCCGGCCAAUUACCCCACUCUUCCAAGCCGUCCUGGUCGCUGCUCCACCCCCUCUGCCUAUCCGGGGAGAGCUGCAGACUGCCACAUGCCUCCUCUGAUACACGUGGAGUCGCCAGCCACUUCUUUUCACCUGACAGUGAGGAGUUUCGCCAGGGGGACGCAGCACGUGGGAGGAUCAUGAUAUCCCCCCCCCCAGUUUCCCCUCCCCCCUGAACAGGCGCCCUGACCAACCAGAGGAGGCGCUAGUGCAGCGACCAAUACACAUACCCACAUUCGGCUUCCCACCUGCAGACAUAGCCAAUUGUGUCUGUAGGCAUGCCGGACCAAGCCGGAGGUAACAUGGGGAUUCGAACCAGCAAUCCCCGUGUUGGUAGGCAAUGGAAUAGACCGCCAUGCCACCCGGACGCCCCAACUUUCAGUUCACUGUAACUCGCUGUAAGGGUCAGUAGAGAAUCAACUUGUUGUGUUAGGUAGUGAAGUUUUUUAGUUGUAGAUAACUGAUUUUGUGUGCUAUCAGAUGUCAUUUCCAUGUCUUUAUUACCAAGCUGUCAACCUUUUAUCACAGCGUAUUACCAAAGCAGCAACAUGUGGUUUUCUCCAAAGCAUCAAGAACAUCCUGCAACAUGGCUUAGUGCUGUUGUCAAGAUUAUUUCAGUUUUAGGAAAAUCUAGUAUUGUAUGACUUAAGACCGGGACCAACGGUAGGUCAAGUCCAGGUGGAGAUAACUGAAGUUUGACUGGAAAUUAAUGUCAGCCCACUUGGUCCCUUUUCAAAUUUGGUUUGUUUUUUCAGCUGAAUAAAACAUAAACUGAAUGUGGGACGAGAAAACAGCUCUCUCAUGUACAAUGGCUCAUACUUGUGUGUAGGUUUUUGACUUGGUUGAAUAAUAUUUAAAAGCAUGAUUUUUUUUAAUAAAAAUUAAAAGUCAUAAAAGUGAUGAGUCUGUGGAAAAAAAAGUGGGUUAUUCUCCGUCACACAACGACUACCUGCUUCUAUGGUUGAAUGCAAAAAGCUCUUAGUGCUUACUAGUGGCAAAAAUAAAAAACCUGGGGAAAAUUUGAUUUUUUUUUUAACCAUGGAAAAUGCAUAGGAGUUAUUGGGCAAGAGGGAAACCAGUGAGUCAGUGCACCCUGAGGUCAUGGAUGGAAGACGUCAACCUCUUUCUGUCAUUCACAGCCAUGACAACAAUCUUAAAACACAAAACAUAUUUCAGUUAUAUUCUUUUCCAAUUGUUUUGAGGCACUUGGUUUGAAUUUUUGUGCACUUCCCCACACAUCGUUGUCAUAGGAGUCACGUGCAAUUCAAGUUCAUACCACCGCUUGGAUUGGGUUUGAUGAGUAUUAUUGCAUUUGCAGCAUAUGGUGUUUUAGGCUUUUUGCUGUCUGUUCUUGAUAAUGAAUUGUUGCAUGAAGGACCAGUGAGUGUUACCACCACCAAUAUGUCAAUAAAGCUACAAGUCAU